AUGAAACAUGUUUUUACAAAUACCAUUACAAACAUUUGGAAGUAUAACUCAAACAUGAAAGAUAAGCUAAAUCGAGUAAAAAUAUUCUCUUGUGCGCUAUUUGUACUCACUCAGGCGGCAGCCAACUUAGAGCACAUUAUGAUUGAGCCUGCUAUAUACGAAAAAGACAUGUACAUAUCUGCAGAUGAAUUUAAGCUGGAAAAAUACCGGCAGGAUGAAAGGCCCAAAGUAGAUAAUACUGGCGCAAUUGCACCAGAAGUAAACUAUCCGAUUGAUAUUGACACAAUGGUGUUUAAUAUGGAAAAUAUGUCGAAGGUAUACGUGAAUCGGCAAAAAGAAAAAAAGGAGCAGCAGGUGUUUAUAUUUAAAAACACAGACAAUAAGUACAUGACAGGCAUCAAAGAUCAGUUCAUCACAAUGGCAGGAAAAUUGGAAAAGACCCCUGAUGCACAGCUCUGGCAUUUGAUUUUUUUAAAGAAUGACAACCAUUACAUGUUUAUGUCCAUGAGCCAUCAAAACAUGUGCUUGACAAUAGUUCCCAUGCAGGCCACCACCAACCCGAACAUGCCUCCCAGCACGCUGCUAGGAUCAAAUUUAAAACUUACUAAAUGUAAUUCCGAAGCGAUUGAGCAGAGGUACAUCAUAAAAAAAAUACAUCCGGCAAAGGAUGAGGUUGCAGAGCUUGAUGAGUUAAAUGAAUCAAGCGUAGCAGGCGAUGCAAAUGGGCAGAACUCAACUUCUCAAAUCCGUGCUAAUCGAAACCUAGCAAUGAUUACUGAAAUGCUUCGCGCAAUGAGUCAGUCUUUAAUACACAUUCAAGAAAAGCUUUUUGGAUACCCGCCUAGUGAGAUCCGGCCUCUUAUCGGGGAUGGCCCAAACCAGGCAGUUCCGGAUGCUACUAACCCUGUAUAUUCGCAGAAUCCGCCACCAUACACUUUAACUAAUACGAAUGCACCGCCCCCGCCAUAUAGCACACAGCCGGCGCCAUACUAUCCUGCGGGGCUUAAUGGCUCUCCUCCAAGGUACAGUAGCCAGAUUUCUUCAUACAAUCCAGGCGGCCGCAAUAGUACUCCACCCCCACUGUAUACAUCUAGCCCACUUUACAAUCCACCCAGCGGAAUGGGCAGCAAUUCUUUUAACUACAACCCAAGUGCACUGUCUGGCUCCCCUUUGAAUCAGCAGUCUUCUCUAGUCCCAUCUAAACCUGUCAGUAUAUAUCCAGACAACCCUGGACCAAACAACCCAACAUUGCAAAGAACCCCGAAAUAUUCUUCUAAUCUACGCAUAUAAAUAGCAUAAAGUAUUUAGAUAUUCUACUUUAUUAUAAACAACUAGAUAUAUCCAUUGUAGAGACAAGUAAUAACCCCGAA